CUUUUAAAAUGAUAAGUUUCGAACAUGUUCGUUGAUGUUCGUGCUAUCAGUUUAUGUGGCCUCAAGUUCAUUGAUUAUGCUUUACGUACAUGAUUCAAUUAUUAGUAUUGUAUAUUUUAUUAAAGAAUAAACCGUUAUCCAAAAGUAAUAUUUUGCGGAGUAAAUCGAGUACUGACUGUAAACUACAUGAAACUUCUGAAAACUUGGCUGUGUAAAUCAAAAUUAAGUAGCCUAGUGUAACUUUCAAAUAAGACGCGUUGUGAAAUAAGAAAUUUUAUUUGAAAAAUUGAAUCUCUGGAAUGCAAGAUGCUUGAGAAAUAUAGUCUACUUCGUCAAGAUUUCCUCAGUAUAGCUGAGCCUUGCGUUAACAAUGAUGUUCUAAAUCAACUAAAACAUAAUUAUGCACAUGAGAUUGAUUCGAAACGUAAAUUGAGUCAGAUAAAGGAUCUUAAAACGUUUAUAAGAAUACUAGAGAAACGGGAUGUUAUGAGUUACUGCAAUAUAGAGCCGUUAUGGUUUAUAUCUAAGAAAUAUGUUAACAAGCCUGAUUUAGACAGCAAGUUGCAAGAUUAUGAAAAUUGGUUGGAAAAGAAUGCUCCAUUGUUAUCUUUAUAUGAUACAUAUCAAAGUGAUAAAACAUCAGAAUGUACAGGCUCAGAAUCCACAUGCAAUUCUAUGUACAAUUUAUACCAAUCAUCGAUAGGAGGAAGUUCAACUACACUGUCUAAUUAUAGUACAGAAACAUUACAUUGUAAUCCUAAGCAAGAGCAAUAUAACAAAAAAAGAGAAUUGUUACAAAAUACAGUGAUACUACAAAUCAAAGACAGAUUGGGUCGAUCUUGGCGAGAUGUAGCUAGACAUUUAGGUAUUAGAGAAUGUGAGAUUGAUGCUGCACAAAGCAAAUAUCCCUAUGAUUUAAAGGAGCAAAGCUAUGAGAUUUUGAAACUUUAUAUAUCGCAAUCCGACACGGAGCAAUGGGCUAUAAAUUUAUUACAUGCUUUAGAAAAAGGAAGACGCAAAGAUCUUAAAGAACUCGUAGAGAAAAUAAUAUUUAAAUAUAAUAUAUAUUAACAAUAUUAUUCUACGAAAAUUUCUUCCAUAGUUUUUUUUUACUCUCUCGAUUUGUGCUUGUUAAGUAAAUAUGAUAAUAGAAAAAUAUAAUAAAAGAAAUUCAAUAACUAUAAGACAGAUAAUUCAAAUUGUAUAGAAAUUAUGUAAAUAUAGGUGAUGUAAAUAAAGGUAUGAGCAUA